AUGGUGUCUCCCGAUUCUCCUGGAAUGUAUUUGAAAUGUUGUGACAGAAACACGCGGAAAACUGUACCCGAAAUGGUGUCUCCCGAUUCUCCUGGAAUGAUCGGAGUGAUAGACAAUCAACCAGUAUGGGUGGAAGACCCUACACACGGCUUCGUGCUGGGAAAAAUAGUCGAUCUAGGAUCCAAGGAAGCUCGUGUUCAACUCAUCGGCUGCUCGAAGUUGUCCAACUGCCCGUAUGAUAGGAUUUUUCCCGCUGAAGACGGAGAUAAAGAUGUAGAAGAUAACUCCGACAAAGCGUUCAGAGAUAUGAAAGUCUUGUCUCAAUCGCAGUCUAUGAUAGUUUCUGGUGAAUCUGGGGCUGGAAAAACAGAAUCAACCAAAUAUAUUCUUCGAUAUUUAUGCGAAACCGGUGGAUACGCUGCUGGUCCAAUUGAACAGCGGAUUUUGGAUGGUUUGGCUUUCAGAACGAUGCAAACCGCUUGUGGGGAUGUGAUAAAUGUACCACUGAAACCUCGAGAAGCAGCCAGUGCGAGAGACGCCCUAGCAAAGUCCAUGUACUCUAGGCUGUUUGACAAUAUUGUAUCAAGAAUCAACGCGUCAAUCCCUUUCCAAACAUCUGCGUUUUACAUUGGCGUAUUGGAUAUAGCUGGCUUUGAGUUGGUAGAAGACAAGAUGGGGGUGAUAGAUCUUCUGAACGAAGAAGGGAAACUACCGAAACCCGACGCUUGCCACUUCACAGCCGCAGUUCACAAGAACCUUCAUGGCCAUUUCAGACUCGAAUUGCCAAGAUGCUCAAAAUUACGACAACAUCGCGAACUGCGGGAUGACGAGGGUUUCAUCAUUAGGCAUUUCGCUGGAGCAGUUUGCUACGAAACUGCUCAAUUCAUUGAGAAGAACAAUGACGCAUUGCAUAGUUCCUUGGAGGCUCUGGUUUGUGAAGCAAAAAAUCAUUUCUUGAAAUCCUUGUUUGAAACUGUUGAUCAACCAAAGCGAUCUGGAAAAUUAAACUACGUUUCUGUUGCGUCCAAGUUUCGUGGGCAGUUGAAUGAGCUGAUGGAGAAGCUUCAGUCAACAGGAACCAGCUUUAUAAGAUGCAUCAAACCAAACGGUAAAAUGGCACCCAAAGACUUUGAUGGAGGUGGAAUAUUGUCUCAGCUACAGUGCGCUGGAAUGGGGAGUGUUUUGAAACUCAUGCAACAGGGUUACCCCUCAAGAACUGGAUUCCAAAGUCUGCAUGAAAUGUACAAACAGUAUUUGCCUGGGAAGUUGGCACGUUUGGAUGCGCGUUUGUUCUGCAAAGCCUUGUUUAAGGCCCUUGGAUUAAACGAUACAGAUUUCAAGUUUGGUGUUUCCAAAGUGUUCUUUCGAGCCGGAAAGUUUGCAGAGUUUGAUCAGAUGCUGAAAUCUGAUCCUGAAAAUCUGGCUGCCUUGGUGGAUCGCGUGAAGCAGUGGCUGCUGAGAUCAAGGUGGAAGAAGGUUCAAUGGGGUGCUAUUAUGAAAUCGACCAAAAUCAACCUGGACCACAUGCAGAGAAUUGCGAGUGAGCUGAAAGCAAACAGAGAGAACUCUCUGAGCAUUGUUGCCAAUCUCGACAGGAAUCUCAUGGCUGCUAUCACGAAAAUCAAGACGGACGAUAAGAUCUUGAGGUCGACGAUAGAAGCUGAUUACGUGGAGAUUGUCACACGAGUCAACAAGGAGCUGAUAUUGCUGGACAAGAAAUUGGAGCAGCAAAAAACUGCCGAAGAACAGGAGAAGCUGCGUCGGAUACAAGAACAGAUGGAGGCUGAUAGGAAGCGGGAGGAAGAAGAAAAACUCCGAGUGGCGGAAGAAGCCACGAUGAAGCGGAAAAAAUCUCAAAUAGAAGUGCAAAGGCGGCUAGAGGAAGAAGAAGCGAGGCAAUUGGAAGCUCUGGCAGUCAAAGCUGAGGCUGAGAGAGAAACAAUCGCCGCCCGACAUCGGUUGAAUACGACUCAGUUUGCCUCCAUGAGCGUCGAAGAACGGUACCGUUUCCGAUAUCUUCUUCUAAGUAACCGGUCUGUCGUCAACCUUGUUCUCGCGGCUCUGGCCCUUGAACGGAACUCUAACCGUUCCCUUUACCCGCAGGAUGAAGAAGUUGCUGCUAAUCAGUGGGGCUCGGGAGCUGCGUCUCCGGUGAAAACAGAUCCGACCAAAUACGAUCUGACCAAGUGGAAGUACUCGGAUUUGAGGGACGCGAUCAACACGUCGUGUGACGUGGACCUUCUCGAGGCUUGCAGAGAAGAGUUUCAUAGGCGAUUGAAAGUGUACCACAGUUGGAAAGCGAAGAACAAGAAACGGAUCGAGGCCAUGGGGCAUCAACGAGCUCCGCAAUCCGUUCUGGAUUCAGCUAUGCGUGCCGCUGGGGCAAGUGGUUCAUCAGGAACAGUUAGUCGUGGUACAGGUAAGCAGAGGUACUUCAGGAUCCCGUUUGUUCGUCCUGUCGGUGACGAGGCAAGAGCCGAACUGGCAGCUGUAACUGGUGGCAGGAAGGGCUGGUGGUACGCCCACUUUGAUGGUCCCUACGUUGCCCGUCAGAUGGAGCUGCACGAUCACCGAUCACCUGUGCUGCUUCUAGCUGGAAAAGAUGACGUUCACAUGUGUGAAUUGACGUUGGAGGAAACCGGACUCACGAGGAAAAAAGGAGCGGAGAUUUUGGAGGAAGAAUUCGAAAAGGAAUGGAGGAAUCACGGAGGUCUUCCGUACACUCGACCUUCUGUGUUGCUGCUGGUGGCGGCGGUUGGGUUCAGGGUCAAGAAGGCGUCCCCCGCCGGAUCGCAUUCCGAUCGGCUUCCAAAUCACGUCUGCGGCGGUUCUUGGCAUUCCGCCUCAUCCCUGCUGGACUUGGUAGAAAGAAUCUCUUCAUACGAAGAACCUCAGCAUCAAACCCGAGCGACACGUCCACACGUGGGCGGAGCCACGGUGGAUGCAUGGGGUGAGGGGAACACGCCUGCCGAAGGCGGGCUCACGAGGCAAACGGCUAUGAAUCCGUGGCACACGGGCGGAGCCAUGCGGAAGCCACCUCCCACUUUCCUGGCUCAAAGCCGUCGACCUGCAGUCCCGCCGCGCUGUCGCCGCGUCACUCGGCUGAGAACAGGCGUUGCGCAAAUGUGUCUGAUAUGUGGUAGGAGAAACUUCCUUCCGGAAUAA